CCUCUUCUUGCAGUGACUCGUUCUCGCAAACUUAAUGACCGUGACCACGUUGGCCUCGCCAAUGGCACUGCUCUCCCUGAAGAGCACCUUCCUCGCUACUUUGCCAAAUCCGGCUUCAAUGCCAACAAUGAUCCCAACAGAGUCAAGAAGUCCGGCAAUGGCAAAGGCAACUGGGGCCGCCACGGAGAGGAACUUGAGGACAUGGAUGACUUCUACCGUCCUAGCAAGCCUCGCCGCCGCAGCAAUGCAUCCGCCCAACUUCUUGAUGCCAUGACCUCCAAGUUCGAAGUCGUUGAGGCUGAGCCCAUGUUCAAGGAAAACAUUCACGGCCCAUCGGCUGACGAUUACAUCCUUCAAAAGACUAUGUCUAUGGAAUCUGCUCCUAGUGAGGCCGGAACCACCACUUCUUCCGAGGGUAGUGACGAACAUUUGGCCAAGUAG